AUGAAGAACUUACCUCCUCAAAAGCAGAGCAAAGAAGAGACAAUUAGAGACAUCUGGGGAGAUAGGAUUUAUGCUGCUGCUUCUGCUGCAGCAGCAGCUGCUGCUGCUGCUGCUGCUGCACCCAAAAUGCAACCCCCUGGUCAUGCAGAAAGUUAUAACCCACCUGAAGAAUAUCUUUUCACCCCACAAGAAGAGGAGGAGUGGCGGGCUUUGCCUGAAGAGCAGCGCCCGCUUCCAUUUAUACCUCAAAAAUUUUCUGCUCUUAGAAGAGUUCCGGUGUAUGCGCAGCUCCUUCAGGAACGGUACAACCGUUGUUUGGAUUUAUAUUUGUGCCCGCGUGUAGUAAAGCAGCGAAUGAAUGUGGAUCCGAGAUCUUUGCUGCCUGCACUUCCUGCUGCUGCUGCGCUGCUGCCCUUCCCGCGGUUUGCUGCUGUUGAUUUUCUGCCUUUGUCUGCCUAUGGACAGCGCGUGCCUCUACCUCAACCUUUAAAAGCAUUUCUUCUUCCGUUUGAAGACAUCAAAAAUAAAGCAAUUGAAUGGGGCCGCAUAGUUGCUGCUUUGCUGCUGCAGCAGCAAAUUACUGCUGCUGCAUUUCAUCCUAGGCUGCCAAUCCUUGCUGCUGCUGCAGCAGAACAGCUGCUGCUCCUCGUACUUGAUACCCCUAUCUGUGAUGAACUAUCGCUGCAGCAACAUGCUGCUGCUGCUGCUGCUGAAACUGCAGCAGCAGCUCCUGCUAAAAAGAAGAGAUCUGCUGCUGCACCAGCAGCAGCAGCAACAGAAGCAGCAGCAGCAGCAGCCGACAAAAUGGAGGGAGGUGCUGCAGAGGGGGAAGCAGCAGCAACAGCAGCAGCAGCAACAGCAACAAACGCUAGAGCAUUACUUGAAGAGGCACUCGAUUUGCUGCUGCUGCGCACUACAGCAAAUGAAGACCUGCCGGACUUGCUGCACACUGCUGAAGCAGAGACAACCAGCAGCAGCAGCAGCAGCAGCAGCAGCAGCAGCAACGACCCGUACGUUGUAGAGGCGACAGUAGGCAGCAAAUUGGUGGGUUGCUGGCAGCAGGUCUCAACAAGGCAUGCAAAAGCAGCAGCAAAAUCAGCAGCAAAAGAGCUGCAGCAGCAGCAGCAGCAACAGCAGCAGCAGCAGCAGCAGCCAGAGGAGCCUCAUGAACUUACUUUGCUGCUGAGAGGAGUUAAACGCGCGGUGUUUAUAAUGCACAGCGCCCCUAUACUGCAACUCAAGUGGCAGCAGAAAGGAUUUACGAUUUGUCUGCGAAACAACAGUCUGUGGGGGUACCAGGAAAGAGACAAGCCCUUCUUAAGAAACUCAUCGGGGUUUUAG